GCCUGGCUUGAAGACUUUGACGACGAGCGGCCGGUUCGGGGUUACUUCGCCCACGCCCUCGUGGAGGCCUCAAGCAGAUUCCGGAUAGCCAUGGGCACGGAGAUCCGCGCAGCCAGCAGGUUGGCCUGCCUGCAAGUCACCUUUGAGAUGCCCUUUGGCAAGGCGCUCGAGCACAUGGACUUCGGAGGGCCCCUUCCUGCCGGCCACCUGCGCCAUCCAAGGGCGCGGCGCCAGUACGCCUUGCAGGAGAUCCUGGUGGAAGGUGGCCGUGGGAAGGAGAAAUUGCGACCGGCUGAGAAUCUGAAGCCGGAGUCGUCUCUGAAGGCGGCGCUGUAUAACGAGGCGCCC